GAUAACAGAUAAGCCUCACAAUUUCAACCUCACUUCACCUCUUCUUCCCCCUUUCCCCAAUCUCUCUGCAACUCCAAUUCACAAUGGCUUCCUUAUGAAACCAAAUCAAUCAUACCACCAUUAAACCCUAAUCCCAAUCUCACAUUUCACCUAAAUCAUGGCCACUGUUGCUUCACUUUCUUUCAGCACCCUCACUCAAUCUUCAUCCGAACGCAAAACACCCAUACCAUCUCUUCUCUCCGAUUCCUCAACCUUUAAGCUUCGCACAAACUUCUAUUUUCAUCCAAUAACCUUCCGCUCAUAUUCCCCUUCUCGCUUCAUUGUCCGCUGCAUGUCCACCCUAACAGAGCCACCACCGGUUGCAGAGACAAAGUUGAAGUUUCUGAAUGCUUACAAGCGGCCAAUACCGAGUAUCUACAACACGGUGCUGCAAGAACUGAUUGUGCAGCAACAUCUAAUGAGGUACAAGAAGACUUACCGGUAUGAUGCUGUAUUCGCUUUGGGGUUUGUUACUGUUUAUGAUCAGCUUAUGGAAGGUUACCCGAGUGAUGAGGACCGAGAAGCCAUCUUUCAAGCGUAUGUUAACGCACUAAAUGAGGACCCACAACAGUACAGGGCGGAUGCACAGAAACUGGAGGCAUGGGCGCGCGCUCAAGAUGCGAAUUCGUUGGUUGAUUUUGGGUCGAAAACGGGAGAAUGUGAGGAUAUUUUGAAGGAUAUUGCUGAGAGAGCAGGGGGGAGUGGGAGUUUUAGUUACAGUAGGUUCUUUGCUGUUGGUUUGUUUCGUCUUUUAGAGUUGGCGAAUGCAACAGAACCCACCAUUUUGGAGAAGCUUUGCACAGCACUCAACAUCAACAAAAAGAGUGUCGAUAGGGACCUUGAUGUUUAUCGCAAUCUGCUCUCGAAGCUUGUUCAAGCCAAGGAACUAUUAAAAGAAUAUGUCGAGAGGGAGAAAAAGAAGCGAGAAGAAAGAUCCGAACCUCAAAAGGCUAAUGAAGCGGUAAAAAACUUCUUAGCUGAAAACCUAUACGCCAGCAAGUAGCUGAUAAAUCAUUUAAAAGCAUUGUUCAGGGUAAAUCGAGCCAUUAUAUUAUACACUUUUUUACUGUUAUGUUUCUUGAUAUAUUUUAUUUUCUUGUUAAAAUAGACGGUAAGCAAUCAUCAUACAGAUUCUAACACGUAUCUAGUGUGCAUCUUCAUUUGUAUGCCAAUGAUUGCUCACCCUCUUACUCAAAUUUAUUUGUUAUCUUUUGAUAAGAGUUUUAUUGUCCAUUCUAGAGAUCCAUUUUCUAAAGUCUUAAA